UCAGACUAUCCUCCUACACUUAGCUCUUAUAUUCUUACCACGAGGGAGGGUCAUUUAUAUGUGGAACCGCCGUCUUAAAGGACAAUGAAAACAUUAUUUGGAUGGUUAGUUUUAUGUAUCUACUUCAGUGAAGGUAAUAGUGUAGAAUUGGAUUGUUACGUCAUCGGUGAGGACGGUAAAAGUACGUAUACGGGUAACAAAUCCACGACGAUAACCGGUCGUACGUGUCAGAGGUGGGACGUCACGGAUCCUCAUACCCACACUCACGUGAGUGACCCCGGGGCGGAGGAAAAUUACUGCCGAGUACUCAGUGAUAACAAACCCUGGUGCUACACAGUAGAUAGGAGUGUUCGAUGGGAAUACUGUGGAAUUCCAGAAUGUCCAAGAGAAGAUAACAAGGAUCCUGUUGUUGAUGACACAUUACGUAAUCAACCUUCUAUUGGAGCUGAAAGCGUUGAUUGUUACGAGAAGGGUGAGGACUAUCUGGGUAACGCCUCCACCACGUUUACCGGACUGACGUGUCAGAGAUGGGACGUUCAGACGCCACAUGAACAUGAUUACACUGACCAUGCGCUCGCAGACGGAAACUUCUGUAGGAUUAUAAAUGAUGAGCGACCAUGGUGCUAUACAGAAGACCGGGACAUUAGAUGGGAGUACUGCAUGGUGCCAGACUGUGAGUCUAUUCGAAUUCUCCAAGAACUAAGAAUAGGAAUACCAGCUCAGACCACUGACAUCCCAGAGAAGACAACAAGACAAGCUUUGUCAACAAAGACAGUAAGACAAGAGUUGUCAACAAAGCAAAAGACAUCAGAUGUGGAAACAACUGAACCAGCACCCACAACGAAAAUUCAAGAAAUUCAAUCUAUCAUUGACGAUAAAAUAACGACAAAGGGACCAGGGGCUCUGAAAGUGACGCUAUCUGGGAUUACGCCAAAGACAGCUGCCUUUCGAUCAAUGGCUCGAACUCACACUAUCUCCAUCGCAGGUCCCGUGCUGAGCAGCAGCAAAAAUUUGAAUCCAGAUGUUUAUAUUCAAAAGAAGCUGUAUACUAGUAGCGUCGAUCAAAAGGUAUCUAUUCGAUGUUUCGUUUCCCCCAACGAAGACCUUCCAAUUCACUGGUACAAAGACGGUGAGCUUCUGGUAGACAGGGGUCUAGACAUAAGAACUGGGUCCAUUCUUAUUCUUAAGAAUGUACAGAGGGAGGACAGUGGAAAAUACACAUGUGAAGCUGGGAACAGCAAGGCCACUACAACAGUACUGAUAGGAGAAGGAACUCAAUAUCUAUCGAGAGAUACGGUGGAAAAAACAACACAGAAAAUUGUGUCUACCACAGAAAAUGUUCUAACCUCUACUACGGAUAUUACAUCUACCGAUAAAAUAUCAAUAAGCACUCCAACAGACGAUGAAAAAUCUUUAUCAACAACCACAUCUUCCAAGAUCGUAGAUGAUUAUGACCUAACGACUGAAUCUCCUGUUGAAAUUACUACUUCUGUAUCGAGCUCAUCCGAGACUUUGCAGACCACCACCAUUCCUUCCAAGCUUGUAGAUAUAGAUGAUAAUGAUCUUACGACAACAUCUGUUGUAAUAACCACUUCUGAAAAAAUCUCAUCCGAAGCCGUGCAGACGACAACACAGCAGCCCUCUGUAACGACAUCAGAGCCUUAUGUCAGCAUAGCAAUAAUUUCUACAACCACCCCAUCUAAACAAACACCUGACGAAUUGCCUACAACGACAAUCAGGUCGAUACUCUCUACUGAGACAAAACAAACUAGUCCAACCACAGAAGAAACAACGACUAUACCGUAUAGGACAUCAAGCUCUGGUCAUAUCAAAAGAGUAACUUCUAUCCCAGAUACAGAUAUAUCUUAUAGCAUUCAAAGAGAUCGCAAACAAAACAAAGAUAAAGUACCCCAGGGAAUUACUACUAGUCCACUGGUCAUUCUUUUGAACAAAACAGGACAAGUUUCACCUGGUGUGAAUUAUAACAUUAAAGACAGGGGAACUGAGCCUUUUAAACUUAACAUCCCUGUUAGAGAUUUCUUGCCUUCAUCCACCGAAGUACCACGCGACUUCAGACAGCGAUACGUUAAACCAACAACCACCAGGCCUGUUUUCAGUACUGACGAAGUGGAGCAGAAGAAAUUUAAUAGUUAUCCAUACCGAUCUCGAUCAGAUACUAAAUAUAUGGAAAAUUCUUCAAGACAAUAUCACAGGGAAAUAAAUGAACAAAGCUGUAGAUCUAAAUGUGACGGCGAGAGCUCUUGUUACUUGGGUUACAACUGUACGCACUACAAACAUUGCUUUGAACAAGAUGGAAGGCGCUGUACCUGUAUAUUAAUGACUUGCUCCUUUGGAACAUUCUGGAGCUCGGCCAUCCGUGCUUGCGAUUCUGUUCGUAAGGUUUACUGUGAAGAAGAUCCAUGUAAAAAGAUGACUCCGUAUGCAACAUACUCAUCAGGCUUUAACUGCAGAAGUUACUAUGAAUGCAGUAAAGAGCGUCGUUCUGUGGCUAUGUGUUGUAAAAAUGGCUACUCCUACGACCCAUUCAAAGGUCGCUGCGUGUUCGACAGGUCAUGUGAUAUAGGCUGUGCCUCAAGGACUCCAAAUAAACCUCAGAGAGACCUCAAAGUUAAUCUUAAAGUGACAAGAACAUACAACUUAUGCUAUUUGAAACCAGUACCGGGCAAACCCACAAAGUAUUAUAACAGUGUAUUUAAGGUGGAACAGGAUUGUCCACCGGGUACCGUCUUCAAUGCAGAAAUCUGUGUUUGUGGCAUCUCACUGAAAAUAAUACGAAAAGUUCCUGUCGACCUCUACCCUACUGUGUGUCAGCCUAAAAUUGUGGUGGAUUUUUCGGGACGACAGGUCACUAAUCAGGCUCCGCGUCCAGUGUACCUGAAAUCAACGGAUGUCAGUAUAAUUCCAUCGGGCAUGCGCAAUGUUAACUAUGGUCAAUUUAAUGGAAGAACAUCCCAGAUUUUCUCUGAGCGAUAUUUUGCCGUAACAUUCCGGCGUUUUCUGAUUCGGAUGAGAUUUUAUAAUGAUGGCAGAGGUGGUCCCGAGCACCAAAUUUUGAUUUCUAACUGUGACUCUUUGGCUAAAUCAUGGAACAUACCAGAGUUAGAUCCCAGAAUGAAGCCAUCACUAGCCGUCAUUUUAUCCAGAAGUACCAGUACCUUAACUUUCUUAGGAUUCAAUGAAUACUCACCGCCAGCGAUAAUACGUUUGCCUUUCUCGAAAACGAGCUGGAACAAUGUUGAGCUGAUUUACGAUGGAACAACAUUUUACGCCCGAGUCAGAACAACAAGGAGAGACGGGAAGUUGUUAGAGUUCAAAGAUUCAAAACCUUUAUCAGGAAGACUUGCAAUCUCUCUACAACCCUUACGGAUUGGAAAAUGCACCAGAAGAGAUGCUUUUUAUGGUUAUAUUGAUAUUAUUAAGAUGCACAACGACUGUUUACCAAAGAAAUUAUGAAUUCCAUUUUUUUCAUCUUAUCCAUUCACAUCUCUCAUUUAUUUAUUCCUUUGAUAUACAUUGUUAUAGUAUGGUUG